CUUGAAAAUUCAAACAUAACCCCUAUAGCCUUCCUAAGAAUUUCAAAAUCCUCUCUCUACAACUUUUGCCUCUUUGUCCCAACAACUAUGAGAAUAUGGUAAUAAAAUACCCUUUUACUCAAGUCUAAUGACAUUAAAAAAACCUUAAUAAAAACAUCACAACUGCCAAAACAACAGCAAACCCAACAUUGAAUAUGCGUUGCUUUGUCUUUUGCUUGUUGGGCAGCUUCAACAUACAUUAUUAUAACACUUGAAUGAACACAAGUCCACACCACCCAUGUUAUCCCCUUCUUAGGCCGUAUUCUGAUCAAUCAUCAAAAACUACACCAUAUCUUCUGAUCUUUUUUUCUCUCCCCAACUUUAGGAUUAAUUUCUGGUGUUAUGACUAUCGGGGAACCGGAGCCGAACCCUCCUCCUGAUCACGUCUUAGGAUGGAUGGGAGAGUCGGUCUCGUACUUUCCAACGUUUUUCGAUGACCCCUAUGAGACUGGGGAUUUCAGUGGUGAUUCUUGGUGGGUUGACGGUCAUAAUCUUGAACAAGACCAGGUUAAUACCAGUGCAAACUCUUUCACCACCAAUACCACAAGCAUAACCCCAGUACCAACUGACACUGUAGUUUCCAACCACUCUAUUCCAGUAGAUUUACCGAAGAAACGAAAAUUACCUGAUGAUUCGAGUCCAAAAGCUGCUCAAAAGAACAAGAAUCGACGUGUCAACGAGUCCGAUCCAGGGCCUGCAGGUGCAGCACAAGGGGUGGCACCUAGAAAACCAACUACACACAAGAGAGGGAGCAGGUCAGCUGGAAGUAGUAACAAUAAUAGCAAUAAUAAAGAAGGGAGAUGGGCAGAACAGCUGCUCAACCCAUGUGCUGCAGCCAUCACCGCCCGGAAUCUGUCCAGAGUCCAGCACUUCUUGUAUGUUCUAAAUGACCUGUCAUCUCUCAAUGGAGAUGCUAAUCAUCGGCUAGCAUAUCAUGGCCUCCAAGCGUUGACACACCACCUUUCUUCCGCCCCUGGUAGCAGCUUCUCCUCAGCGAGUGGCAAAACUUUUGCUUCCAGCAGCCCCAAAUUCUUCAGGGACGCUUUGAUCAAGUUCAAUGACAUCAACCCCUGGUUCAGAAUCCCAAACAAUGUUGUGAAUACUUCGAUCCUCCAAAUUCUUGCUGAACAAGGAAACCAGCAGACCAAUCUUCACAUUCUUGACAUUGGAGUGUCACAUGGAGUUCAAUGGCCUACGCUGCUGGAAGAACUGACGCGUCGGACAGGUGGGCCACCGCCUUUGGUACGUCUGACAGUGGUUGCUCCACCCACCAGCAAUGACCAAUCUAGACACACGACCCCGUUUGCAAAUGGCCCUCAAAAUUACGACUUCUCCUCCAAACUCCUCAGUUUUGCCAAGGAUAUGAACAUUAACCUGCAGAUCAGUAGAAUAGAAAACUUCCAGCUGCAGAACCUCAAUUCUCAAGUGAUCUCCUCAUCUGCAGAAGAAACGUUAGUCGUCUGUGCACAAUUCAGGCUGCAUAACUUAAAUCACAGCACCCCAGAUGACAGAACAGAGUUUCUAAGAGUGCUAAGGAGCUUGCAACCCAAAGGAGUAAUCUUAAGUGAGAACAACACAGAUUGCAGCUGCAGUAAUUGUGGUGACUUUGCAACAGGCUUCUCAAGGAGGGUUGAGUAUCUAUGGAGGUUCUUGGACUCAACCAGUGUUGCAUUUAAAGGACGUGAGAGCGAGGAGAGGAGGAUGAUGGAAGCAGAAGCAGCUAAAGUGCUGAUAAAUGUGGGGGAGAUGAAUGAAAGAAAAGAGAAAUGGUGUGAAAGAAUGAAAGGUGUAGGAUUUAAAGUGGAGGUGUUUGGAGAGGAGACGAUCGAUGGAGCGAGAGCAUUGCUGAGGAAGUAUGAUAGCAACUGGGAGAUCAGAGUGGAAGAGAAAGAUAGCUGUGUUGGACUGUGGUGGAAAGGACAGCAAGUAUCGUUUUGCUCACUGUGGAAGAUGGAUGAGGAUAGGUUAACAUAGUUAUCCAUGAAUGCUUUGUUCCCUGUUCCAAGUAUGAACUUGAAUUUUUUGUACUACUGCAAUUCUAGUCGCGCAUGCUCAUCCAGUCAAGCAUUUACAACUAUUCAAUCCCUGAGAUACUAUUGUGAAUGCAAAACAGGACUUAUACUCGAUAA